AUGUCACGCAAAGGAAAUCUCUCCUCCCGCUCCCUGCAGUACACCGCGCCCUCCACCCCCAACUUUCUCAAAGCGCUCAAAGCCCAAGUCGCCACCAGCGAACGCUACAACACCACCACUGACCGUCCCCGCGAUGAACUCGACAGCCUUGUCACCUCCACUUCCUCAUCAUCUUCAAGCGGAAAGAGGCGGAAGCGCGACGACAAUCAAGAAGACGAAGGACUCGAUAGCGAGGACGAGAUGAACGGUGCGCAGGUCGUCGUCCUCAAAGAAGGCAAGCAUCUAUCCCACGACGAAGCGUUGAUGCUCAAACAAUCAGCCACCGCCACAACACGGUCGAGUCAAGAGGAGGCAAAGAGGCCAACGCAGAACAUCGCAUCCUCAAACAGUGCUGAUGCGAAGGCGAAACGGCGCAAGCCCAUCGGUGUCCAAGAUGAAGCGCAAACCGAUGCUUCUCUGAUCCCCAUCCUCGACGAAACCGCUUCAAAGAAACGCACCGCCGAUCCACUAGCCGACGUCAAACAGCUCAUCCGUCAGUCUCGUCCCCACCCAAAGCACAAGCAACAAGACAAACCCCGCGCCAAACAAGCACAGACCAAGAAACUCAAAGCUCAAUCUGGCAAAGGUCUCAGCUUCAACUUCGACGACGACUAA